AUGUUUGAACGCAACACGAAGUCUCGAUUCGUUACCAUUGUUGUCAUAUACAUCACAGCGCUAUGGGGUGUAGCUUACUCCUUCAUCGCCUGGAUCCCCUGCCUUCCCGUAUCGGCCUUCUGGGACCUUGCAUCGACUACGGACACUCGAUGGGCAUUUGGUUCCCGCGACCCCAUUAUCUUUGCGAAAAGCUUUGAGAGCCACGUCGGCAUGAAUGUUGCACUGGACCUGAUUGUAUUUGCGAUACCUAUUCCCCUGUUCCUGGAGGCUGGAACUCGGACGAAGUCGCGCUUGGGUCUGCUUGGUCUGUUCACUAUGGGUGUUCUUGUGAACGUUCUUGGAAUCUUCCGUCUCAUCGGCAUUUCACACUCGAGAGCGGGCACUUAUCCGACCCUCGAUCCCAGCUGGUACGGCUGCGUGCCUAUCGUUCUCGCUGCCGUUGAGAUCAACUUGGCGACAAUUUGCGCCUCCUUACCCGUCUUCUGGCCCACCCUACAGAGUAGUAUCGGCCAAAUCUUCAUCACAAAAGAGAUUGAGAUUACAUCGGAGAUACGCCGUCUCAGCAGUAUUCGUGACGAGGAGGCCACUGCUGAGCUAUGCGACUUUUCGUCACCACAAAAACCGAGCAAGACCAUUUACAACGGAUCGAGCAUCCUCUAA